CAAAAUAACCAGAGUUAACCCCAUAUAAAAUCACAAGUUCCACAAAAUCAUAAACACACAAAACCCUUUCUCGCCAUCUCUCUAGAAGCCUCUCUCUGUCUAUCUAAUCGCCGCCUAUCUCAUCAUCCAUCAUGCCUCGCCGAAGCUCUGGAGGAAGAUCUGCCCGCCCAGCCCCUCGUCCUGCACCAGCACGCGGCCCACCUCCCCAAACAGUUAACCAUGCUCCUCCACCAGCUCAUACUCAGAGUAGUGGUGGUGGAUCAUUGCUCGGAGGCAUUGGCUCAACCAUAGCUCAGGGCAUGGCUUUCGGUACUGGAAGUGCAGUGGCACACAGAGCUGUAGAUGCUGUGAUGGGUCCUCGCACUAUUCAACAUGAAGCCAUGGUCUCUGAGGCUGCUGCUCCCUCAGCACCCGCUGCAAGCAGUAUGGGUGGUGCUGAUGCAUGUAAUAUCCACUCCAAGGCAUUCCAAGAUUGUGUGAACAACUUUGGAAAUGACAUCAGCAAGUGCCAGUUCUACAUGGACAUGUUGGCCGAGUGCAGGAAGAACUCAGGCUCUAUGUUGAGUGCCUAAAUGUUGCCCCAUUGCUUUGCCAUGAAAUGGAGUAUUGGCUUUGAACUAAAUUUCUAUUUUGAUUUAUGUGAUGGUGAUGAAGCUAUAGUCCAUCUAUGGUACAUUUAUUAAUUUUUGUGGUGAAUUACUAGAUGCUGAGAUUCAAAUACUCGACCUUUCCAGGUUAUUAUUGAAACCUGGUUAUCUGUGUUUUGUUCCAUCUAGUGCACAUUCAUCUGAUUGAAUGCCAAUGGUUGGACUUGAAUAAUUACGAUGGACAGUGAUUCAUUGAUGUUA